UUUUUAUCUUGAAGCCCCGCCCUCCAUCGAUGGCAUAGAAAUCGAGUCAAACCAGAUCCCAGAGAAGACCUUUGAGUCUUCUUCCCGUGAUAACGAGUCGCUCAACAUUUACAGAGUUUAUUUAAAGGAGACUAACGUCGAGUGAACAUGAGCCAGCUGGAACUAAAACUGACUCAGCUCUGAGCGCUUUUUCAUGCUCUGGAGUACCGAGCAGCUCCUCUAAAGUUGCUAACAGCAGUAAUUAUUUGUUAUGCUGACCAACCAGAGCAGAUAGGAACUGCAGUUUUCACCUGUCGUUGCUGCAGCUGUUCAGACCGACAGGUAACUCGGCGGAGCUGCGAUGGAGAAACCUGCCUCAGGUGUGCACCCCGGAAGGCUGAAUGUAGGCCGACACCUGGUCAGCUUUGGGGUGAACCCUGCAGCUCUGGCUUAUGCCAUGACCACCCUGGGGGCUGGAAUGAUCAACAACAUCUUCAGCUUCUACUAUGUCAAGCUGUUUCUGAACAAAUACAAGAUCUCUGAGGGAGCCUUCCACCGCUCACAGGUGGUGUACAUGGUGUGGAACGCCGUCAAUGAUCCACUCUUCGGUUACCUGCAAGAUAACUCCAAGGUUCGCUGCUGCUCUCAGCGCCGUCUGUCCAUCCUGUACGGUGCCCCCCUCUACUCGCUGGCUUUCCUCCUGGCCUGGUUCCCAUGGCGAUCAUACCAACCCGAUGACUGGCUGAGCGGUUUACACCUGAUGGUGGCGCUGUGUGCUUUUGAUGCCAUGCUGACCUUUGUGCUGCUGGCCCAGUGUGCCUUGUUUGCAGAGAUGUCGACCCAACAUCAGAACCGACUCAGACUCAUCAAAUACAGCCAGGUGGCUUCUCUUGUGGGCUCCUCCAGCGUCCUGUUCUGUGGUGUUCUGUCCAGGAACAUGGAGGACUUUGGAGCUUUUCAGGCCUUCACCGUGCUGAUUGCCGUCCUGAGCUGUGGCUGCAUGCUUUAUACAGGCAUCCACAGUGAGAGCCGCUACGAUAAUAAAGGAUCAGACUCAGAUAUUCCAGGGUGUGCAGACCAUCAGUCGGCGUUUUCCUUCACUACGUUGAGGACGUUGAUGUUGCAGAUCUUGACCAACAGGGACUUUCAGCUUUUUGUACUCAUGAACUUCUUCCAGGUUUUUAUUUUGGCCUUCUUUAAUAAUUUCACUAUGAUAUUUGCUGAGCACCUGAUUCCUCCAGAUGUGCUUCCACCCAUAGCCAAGAGCAUCAUGUAUGGAGCCGGAUUCAUCUGUCCUCAGCUGUUAGUACUGAGCUGUCAGAGUCUGUUGCAUGGACUGGGCUACUACAGGAUCGUUCUCUUCACCUUCUAUGUGGAGGCUGGAAUGGCAGCCUUCAUGCUGGCACUCGGUCCUCAGCACUACUACUUCCUGGCCUGUUUCCUCACCGUUAACAUGGUCAUAAUUCAAGCAGCCUUCAGUCUUUUUGGUUUGCCUUUGGCGGACAUUAUUGACACAGAUCUGCAGACGUACAAGCGCAGUUCCCCUCUCUCCUCCAUGGUGUUUGGAACAAACGCUUUGUUCACUAAACCGGCUCAGUCUCUGGCUCCCAUGAUCACACUGAACAUCCUCAACAGGUUCGGAUAUGAACAGCUGAAGGAUGCAGGAAGAGAUUCAGAUCCAAGCGCCUUGGAGGACCUCCACAGCGUCAUGUUCUACCUGGUUUGUCUGGUGCCCAUGUGUGUCGCUGCUCUGCAAGUCCUGGCUUGGAGGCCGUUUUCCAUCCGCAACAGUCACACGGUUGACGUAAAGUACAUCGACAGCUAACGGCCAAGCUGGUGGAUGUUUCUUUAGCUGGGAUUUGGGGAAUUCUUUAGCGGCAGCAUUGAAAGUAGAAACUUGUUUAAUGUUUGAUGCAGGCUGUGGCUUCAUACUUAAAAUCAUCCUACUGACUUCUAUUACCUGCGUUCAAAGUGAGAGCUGAGUUAUUGACCACCAUUACUUUUAUGGUGUAAAACUUACAUAGAUUCCUUUUUUAUGAUUCUUGUCAGAGAAUCAAGUUCUUUCAUGUGUUAAAUGCAGAUGCUCAGUCAUCCUCGAUGCUGUGCUCUGCAAAAAUGGACCGAUUCCUCAGAAUGCACACAAAAGAAAUGUUUUAUUUUCAACCGAGGAUCAUAAAACGGAAAAUAAAACCAAACAGACAUGCUAAGCUGCUUCAGAAACUGUCAGAUUAAGUGAUAAAUUCAGCGUCCUGAAGCAGCAGAAAAGAAUAAAAUACAUUCAGUUUACAGCGUCCCGCUCCUCCUGAACCAAAGCUGGUCUAAUGUUUAUUUACCGGCUUCUUUUCACCUCAUAUGAAGGAGCACAUUUUGCUGCAACAUAUGGUGUGAUGAAAAGUACUAAACUGUAAAGAAUAUUUCUGUGAAUUUUUAAAUACAAAAACUUUCACAUUCCAGGGAGGAUUUUUGUCUGCAUGAUUUAGGGCAUUGCCGUUUUAUACACACAAAAAUGCACACUGCAGCUAAACUAUAAUGUUCUAAUGGUGCCGAGAGAAGAAAAAUGAAAUUUAGCUGUUUACGUUGUGGAUCAGGGACCCAUUUCUUAAAUAUAGAUAAUUAUUCCCUGCAAAUUGCAGCAUCAGGGUUUAGUGUGAUCUUUGUUUUGAUGAACAGAAUUUGUUAAAAUGAGAGAGGAAAUGAUUUCAUAUCAUAAACUGCAUCUUUGCAAGUUUUAAAUAUGAUGUAAAGAUAAUAAUACACAGUUUGACACUGCCUGCCCAAAAGAAAAGGUCACACACACUAAUACUUCAUUGAACCGCCUUUAGCUCUGAGAACGACACACAUUCACUGUGGCAUCAUUUCAAGCUUCUGCAAUGUCACAGAAUUUAUUUCUGUCCAGAGUUGCAUUCAUUUUCUAAAAAGAUCUUAUAUUGAUGAUGGGAGAGUCAGACAAAGUCUUCUCCAGAACAUCUAAAGAUUCUCAGUGGGGCUGAGGUCUGGACUCUGUGGAGGACAAUCCAUCUCAUGCUCCCUGAUCCACUCAUUCUCAAUGUGAGCCCCAUGAAUCCUGGCAUCAUCAUCUUGGAACAUGUCCAUGAACAUCAGGGAAGAAAAACUCCUCUGAUGUAAAGACCUGGUCAUUCAGUAUCUUCAGGUAUCAGCUGACCUCAUUCUUUGGGAACAUAACGUUGGUGAACCUGACCAACCCCAGAUCAUAACUCUAACCCCCACAGGCUGGUAGACACUAGACAUGAUGAGUUCAUCACUUCAUCUGCCUCUCUUCUUACCCUGAUGCCCCCAUCACUCUGGAACAGGGUAAAUCUGGACUCAUCAGACCACAUGACCUUCUUCCAUUGCUCCAGAGUCCAAUCUUUAUGCUCCACAGCAAAGUAAAGCCUUUUUUUCUGAUUAGCUUCACUGACCGGUGGUUUCCUUAGAGCUACAGCUGUUUAGUCCCAAUCCUUUGAGUUCCCUUCACAUUGUUAGUGUGGAAAUGUUCUUACUUUCACUAUUAAACAUAGCCAUGAGUUCUACUGUUGAUUUCCUACCAUCAUCUAAGAGUUUGUUCUGACCAAAGAUGAUGGUUCUCCACUAUCUUCCAGGUUUUAAUGAUGCGUUGGACGGUUCUUAACCUGAUUUUAGUAGUUCCAGAAAUCUCCUUCAUUCUUUUCUUUGCUUGAUGCAGGCCAAUAAUUUGACCCUUCUGAGACAGAUUAACAUCCUUUCCAUGACCACAGGAUAUCUCUUCCAACAUGGUUGUUUAACCCGUUAAGCUUCAGUGUACCGCCGGCGGUACACCUACUAAUUUGCAUAGGAAUUUCAAGAAUGUCCGACGGCUGCAAACGCAAUUAUACAAACACUAUACGCCAAUGGAAAGCUUAGAUUCUCAUGAAUCCGCCAGUAUAAACUACUUUCAGAUGUGAUUACCACAGCGGGUGAGAAAAACACAUUUGUCCGACAAAAACGAAUAUCCAUCCAUCCGUUCUCUAUACACGGCUUCAACGCACACAGCACGACUCACAUUUCCGGGUUUAUUAUUACACACAAAAAAAAAGAAUCCACAAAAAACGGCCAUAAUCCAACCUUUUACAUCAGAUGACACAAGUCAGUAAACUAUUUUAUCCAAAACAUGUCCUGAAGUCGGUAUAAAAUCCCCGAAUCGGUCAUUUUCAAGGAAAUGCACCUCGCGAUGCGCGUCCAAUAUUCCCCGUAUUUUUCGUAAUUUUUUUUAUUUAAAAAUAGAAUAUUAGCGAUUUUUUUGUACUGAAAACGGCUGGAAUUGACUGAAGCUUAAAGGGUUAAGAAAUGAGAAGCUCCUCACUGCAUCAGCUAUAGGGUUAAAGAAGUUGCAGCUGAAAUGUAUUCAUCACUGCAGUAAUUAUCCAAUGGAAGACUCUUAUCUAUUUGCUUAAAUAAAUCGAAGUGGUGACUUUUUUAUUUUGGACAGGCAGUGUAUUUUCUUAUUUAAUAGAAGAAAUUAGAUGAAAGCAUCACAAACAUGAUCUUUAUGUUAUAUGUGGAGCUCCAGCCUCAUUUUAACAUGAUGCUUUUACAUCUGCAGGGUCUUCAACAGAUUUGUGCCUCACUUGAAAUUAUACCCAAAACUACAGAAUAAAAUCAGAGCAAAAUGUUAUGAAGCACACUGUUCUUACCUGAUGAUUUAUUGUCGAGAGUAAUGAAAGAAAGGAGUCAGAAAGGGAAGAAUUCACACAGACGGAACAAAGAAAAUCACAGCUUUUAAUUUCUUUUUUAAAAAGUGCAUGUACAUCCAUCUCACACUGGGAGGAUCUGAAUUAUUUCUGCAGUGAACAAAAAUAUAUAAAAGUAACUACAGAAUAUGACGAAGCAGGAGGCAUCACAAGAAUAUUUAAAUAACUUUAAUGUGAAUUUCUAUGAAGCUGGCAGUAAGAACUCAUCUAACACAUUCUUUUCUUGUUUCACUUUUUAAGCUGUUAGAUAAACAGCAGAACAUUCUGUGCCUUUUCUUGUAUUUUUUUAGAAUGAUCAACUGUCUGCAGUCAAAUAAAAUCAGUGUUUUGGAUUAAAAUGUGUUCACAUCUA